UUGCUAUUAUCCACAUAGUUCGUGAAGGAUUCGCCACCAAUUGUUUCUGAAGAUAUAAUUAAAAUAAUAUAAUCUUUUUUGCUGUGUCUAUAUAUAUAUAUAUAUAAAGUCCCAUAUAUCUGUGUACCCAUAUAAAUAUAACAAACAUCUAGAGAUUCAAAAGGCAAAGUACUCAGAGAGCCAAACCGAAACAAGAUAAAAAAUCAGAUUCUAGUUUUGUUGUGUCUACAAGAAAAGCCAAAUCAUCCAAAAAUGUCUAGAGUGAGAUCUGAGCCGAUGAAGGUUGUCUUCAUUAACACACAGUACGUCCAGACAGAUGCUCGUAGCUUCAAGACGGUUGUUCAAGAACUCACCGGUAAAAACGCCAUCGUCGCUGACGGUCCUUUCGAGUUCUCAAGCCAUGGUUACGGCAGCAAAGACUCGUCACCACAGUUUUCCGGAGGUGGCGGAAGAGAAGCAGAAGGAGGUGUAGAGACGACGGAGUUCGAUAGCUUUUUCAGGGAGAUGCCUCCGGUCGGCGAAUUGUACAAUCUAUGGUCAGAAAGUUAAGUUGUGUUCAGAAAGCCCAUUGGGCCUGUAACAAAGCCCUAAUUUACUAAAUUAAGAGGCCCAUGUAAAACACCGAGUGAUCGAUCGAUCGAUCCUUUUUGUUUAAUGUAU